AUGAAGCUGGUGAUGCCCGUUUCCGAGAGGUCAACCUUCUGGAGGGUUCCCUUCCACUUCCUGCAGCCCGGCGAGGUUGAGGACCUUCAAGUUCCGCAUUUCUCGCAAGUUGGAAAGGGCUCGCAGGUCCCCGCCAACCUGCGUUUGUUGGAGGUACAGGACCUGAAGCUGGGUGAGUGGGGAGAGGGCUCGCAGGUCCCCGGCGAGCUGCGUCUGCUGGAGGUCCAGGGUCUGGAGCUGGGUGAGUGGGGAGAGGGCUCGCAGGUCGCCGGAGACCUGCGUCUGCUGGAGGCUCAGCGUCAAGAGCUGGGUGAGUGGGGAGAGGGCUUGCAGGCCCCCGGCGACCUGCGUGUGCUGAACGUGAAGGGUCUGGAGCUGGGUGAGUGGGGAAAGGGCUCGCAGGUCCCCACCAACCUGCGUUUGUUGGAGGUACAGGUCCUGGAGCUGGGUGAGUGGGUAGAGGGCUCCCAGGUCGCCGGAGACCUGCGUCUGCUGAAGGUCCAGGGUCUGGAGCUGGGUGAGUGGGGAGAGGGCUCGCAGGUCGCCGGAAACCUGCGUCUGCUGGAGGCCCAGCGCCAAGAGCUGGGUGAGUGGGGAGAGAGCUUGCAGGCCGCCGGCGACCUGCGUGUGCUGAACGUAAAGGGUCUGGAGCUGGGUGAGUGGGGAAAGGGCUCGCAGGUCCCCACCAACCUGCGUUUGUUGGAGGUACAGGUCCUGGAGCUGGGUGAGUGGGUAGAGGGCUCCCAGGUACAGGUGCUGGAGCCGGAUGAGUGGGGAGAGGGCUCGCAGGUCCCCGGCGACCUGCGUCUGCUGGAGAUUCAGGGCCCGGAGCUGGGUGAGUGGGGCGAGGGCUCGCAGGUCGCCGGCGACCUGCGUCUGCUGGAGGUCCAGGCGCUGGAGUCGGGUGAGUGGGUAGAGGGCUUGCAGGUCGCCAGAGACCUGCGUCUGCUGGAGGUACAAAUGUCUGACCCAGGUAAAUCGGGAGAGGGCUUGCAGGUCCCCGGCGACCUGCGUCUGCUGGAGGUUCAGGGCGAGGAGAUGGGUGACUGGGGCGAGGCCUUGCAGGUCGCCGGCGACCUGCGUCUGCUGGAGGUCCAGGCGGUCGAGUUGGGUGAGUGGGUGGAGGGCUCCCAGGUCGCCGGAGACCUGCGUCUGCUUGAGGUUCAAACGCCAGAUCCGGGUAAGUGGGGAAAGGGCUCGCAGGUCCCCGGAGAUCCGCGUCUGCUGGAGGUACAGGUGCCGGAGCCGGAUGAGUGGGGAGAGGGCUCGCAGGUCGCCGGCGACCUGCGUCUGCUGGAGAUUCAGGGCCCGGAGCUGGGUGAGUGGGGAGAGGGCUCGCAGGUCGCCGGCGACCUGCGUGUGCUGAACGUAAAGGGUCUGGAGCUGGGUGAGUGGGGAAAGGGCUCGCAGGUCCCCACCAACCUGCGUUUGUUGGAGGUACAGGUCCUGGAGCUGGGUGAGUGGGUAGAGGGCUCCCAGGUACAGGUGCUGGAGCCGGAUGAGUGGGGAGAGGGCUCGCAGGUCGCCGGCGACCUGCGUCUGCUGGAGAUUCAGGGCCCGGAGCUGGGUGAGUGGGGAGAGGGCUCGCAGGUCGCCGGCGACCUGCGUGUGCUGAACGUAAAGGGUCUGGAGCUGGGUGAGUGGGUAGAGGGCUCGCAGGUCGCCGGCGACCUGCGUCUGCUGGAGGUGCAGGCGCUGGAGUUGGGUGAGUGGGUAGAGGGCUCGCAGGUACAGGUGCUGGAGCCGGAUGAGUGGGGAGAGGGCUCGCAGGUCGCCGGCGACCUGCGUCUGCUGGAGAUUCAGGGCCCGGAGCUGGGUGAGUGGGGAGAGGGCUCGCAGGUCGCCGGCGACCUGCGUCUGGUCGAGAUCCAGGUACCGGAGUGUCGUGAGGUUUUGGAGGGCUGUGAUGUUCCCCAUGGCUUGCGACUCCGGCAGAGCGAUCCGGGUCACGCACCCGUCCUCACAUUCGAUGCCAUCCCAGCUGCAGGGCGGCCCAUCGCCUUGGAGGCCGAGGCCCUGCAGCGCGUGGAGGAGGACCGCCUCCUCGCCUCGGCUCGGCAUCUGAAAAAACUCCUGCUACGGCCUUUCGACCCCUAA